CUCAAGCUGCAUUUUUGAAGACCCACAUGAACGUGCAUCCUGUUGACAAACCAUAUGCAUGUGCACAUUGUCCAAAAGUAUUUUCCCAAGCGUCACUUCUGAAUAGACACAGUAAGGUCCAUACUGGUGGGAAGCGAUAUUCGUGUGUGCGUUGCGAAAAGACGUUUUCUCGAGCUUCAUAUCUGAAUAUACACAUGAGAGUCCACACCGGGGAGAAACCGUACUCGUGCGGACAUUGUUCAAAGGCGUUUCAUGACCCUUCAACCUUUAAUGAGCAUAAAAGAAUGCAUACGGGUGAAAAACGGUAUUCGUGUGAACUUUGUCCCAAAAAGUUUUCAGCUGCUUCGACCUUAAAAACACACAUUAGAUCCCACACUGGCGAAAAACCGUUUUCGUGUGACCAUUGUUCGCUGGCGUUCGCUCAUAGUUCACAUUUAAAGAGACAUAAAAAAAUUCAUUCCGGGGAAAAACCGCACGCAUGUGAGCACUGUUCAAAGGCAUUUUCCGAAGCUUCAAGUUUAAGAACGCACAUGAGAGUGCACACUGGCGAGAAACCGCACUCAUGUGAACAUUGUUCUAAGAAAUUUUCCGACAGCUCGGGUUUAUGGGCACACUUGAAAACUCACGCUGCCGAAAAACCCCACUCUUGUCAACACUGCCCAAUGGCGUUUUCUCUCCAUCAACAAUUAAAGGCACACAUGAGAGCUCACACUGGCGAACAGCCAUAUUCUUGUGAACGUUGCCCGAAGAAAUUUGCUUACGCUUCAAGUUUGAACAACCACAUGAGCGUCCACACUGGCGUAAAGCCAUAUAAGUGCAAAGACUGUUCAAAGGCGUACCCUGUCGCUGCACAAUUGAGAAGACACAUGAGUGUGCAUAGCGGCGAAAAGCCAUAUCCGUGCGAGUUUUGUUCAAAGUCUUUUUCUGACGCUGCAGGGUUAAAGUCACACAUAAGAGUCCAUACUGGCGAGAAACCAUACUCAUGUGACCUUUGUUCACACUCAUGUGUAAACUCUUCAAGUUUAAAAUCACACAUGAAAGUGCAUACGGGCGAGAAGCCCUACUCUUGUGAUCUUUGUUCACACUCAUGCAUAAACUCCUCAAGCUUAAAGUCACACAUGAGGGUCCAUACUGGCGAAAAACCAUUCUCAUGUGAUCUUUGUUCACAGUCUUUUUCAAGCUCUUCAAGUUUAAAAACACAUAUGAGGGUACAUACGGGCGAGAAACCUUACUCUUGUGAUUAUUGUUCCAAGGCAUUUAGCACAUCCUCAAACUUUAAGAAUCAUGUAAGACUCCAUACUGGUCAGAAGCCAUUUUUGUGUGAGUAUUGUUCAGAAGCAUUUUUUUCCAAAUCAGAAAUGACGAGACAUAUGAAGAGCCACUCUGAUGAGAAACGCGUGGCGUAGGGAAAUUACUCUACUGGUGUUUGAUCGAGUGAGAAAUUGGUAAAAAAGUUAUAGAGUGAGUUCUAGUAGAAAAUAUUGUGCAAUGGCAUGCCACCAAGUGGUAACGGCAAUGACAUGAUAGAAAUAAAAGAAACCAUAGCCAAAACAAGUUGUCUAUUUUUUUCCAUCAGGGAAUAGUUUAUUCUAACAGCAACUCUUUCCAGGAAAAAGUAGUUUUCUAUUAGUUUGGAAUAAAUUUCUAAGUUUGUAGUUAACUACUUUUCCACCAGUACUUCCCUCAAAUUGUGUUAUCUAUUUUCUCUUUCUCUAUUGUUUAUAUAGCUUUACCCAUUUAACUUGCAACAUCCGUAUUUUGCACCCUUUAGUCCCAAAUGCAUACGUCCAUUUCCAAAAAGAAAGUCCCACAAAAUAAAAUACAGAGUUGGGAUGAUUAAAGGAUUAAAGUGGAAAGCGAAAGCAAUCAUUGAAAAAAUACGGAAUCUAACUCUUUAUGCGGUCCCUUGGUCCUUGCAAUUAUAUUUAGGAAAACUAGCUCCAAUGAGCUCCAAUCGUAUUUAAAAUACAAGAAGAAUAUGGUUUCCUUUUUUUUCUUCGUGCAUUUUAUUUCAGGUGUUAUUUUUCCAAAAAAAAAAGGAAAAUUAAUUCAAUGUUCUGCGCUAUUUUUAUUCCUUCUCAGUUUAUGUAAUUCCAUAUUAUUUCCUUUUUUUUUCUUUAGAAAAAAAGAAAGGUGUUAUUUAUUUUGAUUGUUAAAAAAUGUCUGGGAAAUACACCCUUAUGGAUAUGGGACUUUAUAUUGUAGUAAGAUUUUAUCAAGCUCGGAUGUGUAAUUAUUUUUUACUGAUUUCUGAAUUACUCAAACUUAGAUUUUAUGAAUUUUUAAUCAUAUAUAGGAAAAGAAUUAUCUAAUUUAACAUCUAACUUGCGCAUUUUAACUUGUUAAUAUCAAAUACUAUAUUUAAAUAAAUUUAAAUUUCAA